UUGACUGGUGUGUAAAUGAAGGUUUACUUAGUAGCCAUUAUAAGUGUUCUGUAUGUAGGAAGGAUAUGCGUCUAGUCGAAGGUAAAAAACCGUUUAGAUGGAUUUGUAGGAAGAAAGAUUCAGAUGGUCAUUAUGUGAAGCGUUCGAUCAGAAAGAGUACCUGGUUUAAAAAAAGUCAUUAGAGUAUGAUUGAUAUUUUGAUUUCUACGUGGCUCUGGGUUUACGAAGCAAACUCGAAAAUCAUGUGUCGGAUGGGCUGGUGAGGGACCAGAAGUAAAAAUUAAUGCUGGUGAUGAAGCUGUUGACAUUGAAUUUGAACAGAAUCCUGGACAAACGGAAGAUCUAAAUGAUUUAACCCAUAUCAUUUGUUCCUUUCUCUAUAAAAAGACACUGAAUCAGCCAAAGUCAGUUAAAAGGAAUGUAAAAGCUCUGAAGAAACUUCAACUAGCUCAUAUGAAUAUGGAAGUAGAAUUUUUUAAAGAAGUUUUUGAGCUUAAAAUAAAAUAUGAAAAGAAAUUUGAACCAUUGUAUCUAAAACAAGCUGCCAUCAUUACUAGUUCUAUUAUCCCAACUGAUAAAGAUAUUUUCCAAUUGGACUCUGAAAAGGAAGCUGAGCUUUCGAAAGUCAAAGUUGAAGGUGAUACUGAAGCAAGAAUGGACAUACCUGAGGCUGAAAUUAAAGGCAUUCCAGGAUUUUGGCUUACAGCACUUAAGAAUGCGCCUCUUGUUGCAGAUUUCAUCGAGGAAUAUGAUGAACCCAUUUUAAAACAUUUAAAAGAUAUAAAAGCAGUAACUUUGUCUAAUCCUAUGAGUUUUUACCUGGAAUUUCAAUUUGAACCAAAUGACUAUUUUACCAACACAGUAUUAACUAAAUCUUAUGCAUUAAAAUGUGUUCCUGAUUCAAAAAAUAUAUUUUCCUUUAAAGGGCCUGAAAUUGUUACUUGCAAAGGAUGCAAAAUACACUGGAAAAAAUUCAAGAACGUGACCGCGGAAACAAAAAAGAAAAAGGCAAGAAAGGCUUUUAGAACUAUCACAAAAUAUGAUGAAACGGCUUCUUUUUUCAACUUCUUUAAUCCCCCUCCAGUUCAAGAAAACGAUGAUCAAAUGGAUGAUGAAACAAUAAAGAUAUUGAAUAAUGAUUUUGAUCUUAGUAUCGCAAUAAAGGAUCACCUGAUUCCAAAUGCACUCCUCUUUUUCACUGGUGGAAAAGUAGUGGAUGAUGAAGUGAAUGUGAAAGCAAUGGAGUGACACAAAUUUUGGACAUCAUGUAUUUGAGAGCAUAUGAAAGAUUUCUUGAUAAUUUUUUUUAUUAUUACCUCAAUUUUCUGAAAUUCUAUAAAAAAUAAGUCUUGUUAUGA